AUGGAAGGUAGCGAUUUUAGUCAAACCCAAGGAAGGGGAACAAAGAGAGACCGACGUGUAUGGACAAUAGAUGAAGAAAAUACACUUCUAGAUGGUCUUGAAGAACUAGUUGCGCGAGGAAUCAAAUCUGAUAACGACUUCAAGAGUGGUUACAUGAUUAUGUUAGAGAAGUGGGUUCAAGAAAAGUUUCCUGGUUCUGGCAUUAAGGGUAAUCCUCAUAUUGAGUCGAAAAUGAGAAACUUGAAAAAGUUGUAUAAUCAGAUUUAUGACUUGAAGGAUCAAAGUGGCUUUGGAUGGGAUCACGAAAAACAUUCCGUUGAUAUUCAUUCGGAAGAUAGUUGGCAAAAAUAUUGCAAGGCCUAUCCAGGAGCUGCUUCUUUGAGAGGAAAGUCCUUCCCUCAAUAUGAUCGACUAGCAACUGUAUUUGGAAGAGACCGUACCAAGGGAAAUCUUAGUGAAGACCCUUCAGAAGCUCAUGCGGCUGUAGAUAAUGAAGAAAGUGAGAAUCAUUCUGACGUGGCUACUACUGGUGCAAAUCAAAACUUACCGCCACUAUCAUCUUCUCAAAUGCAAAAUGUUGCUGAUUCUUCAAGAAGAAAAAGGGCUAAAGCAAGUGACAAGUGGGCUGCUGGGUUAGUUGAAAUUGCAAGCACUUUUGGCUCUUUUAUGGAAAAAGCUAACGAGAGGAUGGAGAUGAUUGCUAGCCGCAUUGGACAUGCGAAAGAUUUGGAUGAUGACAAGAGAAAAAUGAACGAAGAGCUUCUUAAGAUGUCUCUAGAUACCAUGGACAGAAUAAAAUUGUGCAGAAAAAUUGUGAAGGAUCCUGAGAAUAUUUAUCUUUUUUUUGGAUUUCAAGGAGAUGACAGGAAGGCAUUUGUGGACAUGCUUCUCCAAGAGAUGAUAGAAGAGUAA